UUUAAUUGCAUUUCGAAUGUUACCUAAACGCCGGUUACAAGGAAGGUCCCAUAAAUCUCACCACGUGGACAGAGACACGAUGUCGUUUUCAUGAGAUUCAACGUCUCCCCCUUGAGUCACUUGGCCUUCAUCUCCUUUGCUCCUCAAAUCUCGAUUUCAAAAACCCUAACAGGGAUUUGAAAGCAAAUCGGUGGAGGUGAGUGAUCUCGAGUUACUAUGGCGCGGAGAUCGCCGCCGCAGCUUCACACGUCACGUCGCGGCGUCGUGUCGUUUCGAUGGAAGCUAAUCACUGCUCUCUCUGCCUCUCUAUGCGUACUAGCUCUCUUCAGUAUCUACCACCGUCAGUCUCGUCCCGUUCCGUCGCUAUCAGCCGCGAGAUCCAGAAUCCCGCUCCACAAAUACUCCGGCGACCGUCCGAAGAUCGCGUUCCUUUUCCUCGCUCGACAUGACCUGCCUCUCGAUUUCCUAUGGGACAGAUUCUUCAAGGGUGGAGAUGAGAGGAACUUGUCAAUCUAUGUUCAUUCAACACCUGGUUUCGUAUUCGAUGAAGGCACCACUCGAUCACACUUCUUCCACAAUCGCCAGUUGAAGAAUAGCAUCGAGGUGGUAUGGGGAGAAGCAAGCAUGAUUGCAGCAGAGAGAUUGUUGCUUGCUUCCGCCUUGGAAGAGCCUUCUAAUCAAAGAUUUGUUCUUUUAUCUGAUAGCUGUGUUCCUUUAUACGACUUUGGUUACAUAUACACAUAUCUAAUGUCUUCGCCGAAAAGCUUUGUAGAUAGUUUCCUUGAUACUAAAGAUCAGCGCUACACCAUGAAAAUGUUUCCUGUCAUACCCAAAGAGAAAUGGCGAAAAGGAUCUCAGUGGAUAUCAUUGAUCAGAAGCCAUGCAGAGGUCAUUGUUAACGACGAUACUGUGUUCCCAGUUUUUCAGAAAUUUUGCAAGCGAUCUCUACCUCUGGAUCCCAGUAACAAAUGGCUAUAUCUUAAACACAGACGUCACAACUGCAUCCCUGAUGAACACUACGUUCAAACUCUACUUACAAUGCGUGGCUUGAAAAGUGAAAUGGAACGGAGAACAGUGACAUACACAACAUGGAACCUAUUAGCCAAAAAAGCUGAAGCCAAAUCUUGGCAUCCUCUCACUUUCACAUCUGACAACUCCGGAGCAAAGGAGAUAGAAGAAAUAAAGAAAAUCAACCAUGUAUACUAUGAAACAGAGUAUCGAACAGAAUGGUGCCGGGCUAAUUCAAAACCCGUCCCUUGCUUUCUCUUUGCGAGGAAGUUCACUAGAGGAGCCGCAAUGCGUCUUUUGAGUGAAGGAUUAGUAGAAUCAUCAACUGAUACAACAACAACCUCUUGAAUGCAAAACACAAAGGUAAAAAAGUUACAAAACUAAGAAAGACAGAAACCCAAAACUGA